CGGAAGCGUUGUGACCCGCUAUGGCGAUGGCGGAGAAGUUCGACUCGCUGGAGGAGCACCUGGAGAAGUUCGUGGAGAACAUCCGGCAGCUCGGCAUCAUCGUCAGCGACUUCCAGCCCAGCAGCCAGGCCGGUCUCAACCAGAAACUGAAUUUCAUGGUGACGGGCCUCCAGGACAUCGACAAGUGCCGGCAGCAGCUUCACGACAUCAGCGUGCCUCUGGAAGUAUUCGAAUACAUAGAUCAAGGUCGCAACCCUCAGCUUUACACUAAGGAGUGCCUGGAGAGAGCUUUGGCUAAGAAUGAGCAAGUAAAAGGGAAAAUUGACACAAUGAAGAAAUUUAAAAGUCUAUUAAUUCAAGAACUAACAAAGGUGUUCCCAGAAGACAUGGCAAAGUACAAAGCUAUUCGAGGCGAGGAUCCUCCUCCUUAGGUAGACCUUUGAUAG